UGACAGAGCGAUCAGGCUGUGCCGCAACAGCCGGUGAGAAGGCUGGGAAGAUGGCGGCCUCCUGGAGGCUAGGCUGUGACCUGCGGAUGCUGCACUACCUCUUAAGCUUCGGCGGCCGGCGAGGCCUGGGGCUGGUUAAUGGGGCUGUUGGGUGUACUGCCGGCCGCGGAGCUAGUUGGAGAUGGUUUCACAGCACGCUCUGGCUGCGGGCUGAUUCUAUUAAGAUACUAAUGCCAUCCCUGUCUCCGACGAUGGAAGAAGGGAACAUUGUGAAAUGGCUGAAAAAGGAAGGUGAAGCCGUGAGUGCUGGAGACGCCCUGUGUGAAAUAGAGACCGACAAAGCUGUGGUUACCUUAGACGCAAGUGAUGAUGGCAUCCUGGCCAAAAUAGUGGUUGAAGAAGGAUCUAAAAAUAUACGGCUGGGUUCACUAAUUGGCUUGCUCGUUGAAGAAGGAGAAGAUUGGAAAAAUGUUGAAAUUCCCAAAGAUGUAGGUCCUCCAGCAGCCGCGUCAAAACCGUCACCUCCUCGCCCCUCACCAGAACCACCGACUUCUGUCCCUGUCAAAAAGGAACACACACCAGGAAAAUUGCAGUUCCGCCUAAGUCCAGCUGCCCGUAACAUUCUGGCAAAACACACACUGGAUGCCAGCCAGGGCACGGCCACCGGUCCUCGGGGGGUCUUCACGAAAGAGGAUGCUCUCAAGCUUGUCCAGUUGAAACAGACGGGCAAGAUCCCUGAGUCCCGCCCGACCCCAGCCCCUCCAGUCACGCCCACUGCACCUUUGCCCUCGCAGACCACCGCCAGGCCAUCUUAUCCCCGGCCGACGAUCCCACCGGUGUCAACUCCUGGACAACCUAACGCAGCGGGCACAUUUACUGAAAUCCCAGCAAGCAAUAUUCGAAGAGUCAUUGCCAAGAGGUUAACUGAAUCUAAAAGUACUAUACCUCAUGCAUAUGCUACUGCCGAUUGCGAUGUUGGAGCUGUUUUAAAAGUUAGACAAAAUCUAGUCAAAGAUGACAUUAAAGUCUCAGUGAAUGAUUUUAUCAUCAAGGCAGCAGCUGUUACCCUUAAACAAAUGCCAAGUGUUAAUGUAAGCUGGGAUGGAGAAGGCCCAAAGCAACUGCCCUUUAUUGACAUUUCAGUGGCUGUGGCGACAGAUAAAGGUUUAAUUACACCAAUCAUAAAAAAUGCUGCUGCUAAGGGUAUACAGGAAAUCGCUGACUCUGUGAAGGCUCUGUCAAAGAAAGCAAGAGAUGGAAAAUUGUUACCUGAAGAAUACCAAGGAGGAUCUUUCAGUAUUUCCAACUUGGGGAUGUUUGGCAUCGAUGAAUUUACUGCAGUGAUCAACCCCCCUCAGGCCUGCAUUUUGGCUGUGGGGAGAUCCCGACCUGUGCUGAAGCUCACUCGGGAUGAAGAGGGGAACGACAAACUGCAGCAGCACCAGCUCAUCAGAGUCACGAUGUCAAGUGAUGGUCGACUAGUUGAUGAUGAACUAGCUACCAGGUUUCUUGAAAGUUUUAAAGCAAACCUAGAGAAUCCUAUUCGACUGGCCUAGUUCUCAAAGAUAGAACUGUUAUCCAUUUAUACUGUAUGAAAAAAAUUAGGUAUUUAAGUGUGAAGUGGAUGAAAUGUUUAUUUAUUUAAGGUGAAAGAAUUUGACCCGAGUUGUCUUCAUUUUUAAUGUGGGUUUAAUGUUAUAGAAAUAAGUGAUAACAAACUGUAACUACAAUAAUUAAAAAAGAGAACAUUUAGUUAAAUCCAUUUUUAAUCUUGGUGCUGUACAAAGGGGGUGUUAAACUAGAUGUAAGUGCAAUCAUAUGUUUGGCUCCUUGGAGCAUUUUAGAAUAUUUGAGAAUGUAUGAUAAAUUGUAAACUCAAAAAAUUGUUACAAUUGUACUUAAGUGUAUUGACAUUGGAUGUGGUCUUCAAAGAAACACCCACUAAUUUAGGAGUGGGACCUCACUUUUACAAGCACUGCUGUAGAUAUACUUGAACAAUUUAAUAUGUACAGAAGUUUAUUCUGGGUAAUAGUAAAUAAGGAUCACAUUGUAUGAGGGGUUGCGGCAACAUUAUUGAAUUUUUUAUGUAUAUAAAGCCAUAUGUUUUAGAGUGCUUUCUAUCAGUCUUAUUUUUUACUCCUGUGACACUGUGAACUUCUAAAGAGAAAAAAUUUUUAAAUCAGAAAUGAAGAAAGAAAGAGAGACCAAAAAAUUGCUUGUUUCAAUGGUAAACUAUAGUUGAAAUAUUUAAACCCUCAGAAAUAACUGCUCACCUUCAUACUAAGUUGGAAUAUAUUAAAAUAUAUUUACUACCAAACAUUUUAGUGUUGAUCUGAACACAAAAUGUUGUCUCUUAAUGCAUUUUAAUCAAGUUUGUAUUGUGCAAUAAGAUGAGACAAUGUAAAAAUUUCUAUUGCAUUUUAAAUGUUAGGACACAGAAGUUUAGUGAAACUUUUUUUUUUUUUAAGAUUUUUUACUUAUUUUUAGAGAGAGAGAAAGGGAGGGAGAAAGAGAGGGAGAGGACACAUCAGUGCAAGAGAGACUCAUCGAUUGAUUGCCUCUUGUAUGCUCCCAGACCUGGGACCGAACCUGCAAUCCAGGCAUGUGCCCUGACCAGGAAUCAAACCAGAGACUUUAACUUUGUGGGACAACACUCAACCAACUGAACCAUGCCAGUCAGAUCAGGGCAGUUAAGUGAAACCUUGAAGUGCAUUAGUAAUUUUCCUGGAUCAGCUUAAAGGGGACUGGAAGAAAGGAGGCAUUUAAAAUUACUAUGACAUUAGGUAAAUAAUGGAUAUGAAAUGCAAAGAGUAGAAGAGCAGGCAUAUGAAGCAGGUGAGAACUAUCCUUCUUAUUCCAUUGAUGCUAUGAAAUUUUCACUAAUUAUUAUAAGGGUUAGAAGAGUUUCUUUUAACAACUCUAUUACUGGCAAGACAGUUGUACUGAAAUUGGCUUGUGUUAGUGUCUGCUGACGUGAUUACCCUAAAGAUUGUCUGGUACAAGCUGUAUGGUGUGACAUGAUGAACUUUACUCUCUAAGAAAAAAGAAAAGGAAAGGAAAAGAAAAGAGCCUCCUGAAAUAAUUAGAACCCCAAUCUAUGAAUUGUUAAGAAAAUGCUUAAUCCAAUUACUGAGUUUUAACAAGCUGGUUGUUUUCUUUUUAAAUAGUCUUCCAAACUUUUGUCAUAUUAACAGUUUUACUGAAAGUUGUAACCAACUACAACUUUUAGAAUAACUUUUAUAUGUUAAAUGUAAAAGUUAUAUUUUCAGUCAAUUUUAACUGGAAUUGUUUUGUGUUGUUUUUUUCAGUUUUGACUGAAAUUGUUUUAGUCAGUUUUAACUGGAAUUGUUUUGUUUCAUUUUGUUUUUUUUCCUAAUUUUUGUAUCUAAGGACUAGAGCAUGAAACAGCCAUAAAUAACCCUUGGCCUGGGGCCCUGUUUAGUUUUCCGUGGACUGAGGUGCAAACACCAUCUGUUCCUCUGUGGUUACAUGGACGUUGAUCCCCACCCCACCCCGCCCCGCCAUAUAGGGACGUUGUGCACGCACAGGAGAAAGGCUGUCUAAGUUUAAGACCUUUUACUUCUUCGUGGACAUCACAACCAGGCUUUUCAUACCAUCAGCUGCUUCAUGGUUGCACUUCUCAGCUAUUGGUACAAAAGCUCGUUCGUGCUAAAAAGUAUUUUCUCUAAUAUUUCUGUACUGCUUAGGUUUAUGUAAGGAAAUUGUAAUUUCUAUUAAAAAAAGAAUUUUACUUCGGUGUGAAGUCAAAGAGUAACACUGAUUUGUGAAAGAACUAUGGUGUAUGUGUUUUGGAUCAUUGUAGAGAAAGAACUACGCUGCCCGAGCAGGCUCUAUCCCACAUUUUAUAUAUAUUUUUACUACUGAUAGGCAUCAUGGUGAGAGGAUAUACAAGUGAAAUUUUAUACCUGGUCAUCUUUUUUCUCAUCUAAACAGGGAACAUGGCUAAAAUAUUGAGAAUACUUCUAAGGAAAGAACAAUACACCUUCCAGUUAACACUUGGGCAGGAGAAUAUCAAUGAAUAGUAGAAUCUGUAAGUCAAAAGAGCCCUGCUUCUCCCCGACCGCAGCUUCUAGUUAACAUUUACAGGGACAGUUUGUCCACUACUAUGUCAGAUUAAAGUAUUAGUAUACUGCUGGCCAGACUCCUUUGUUUGGAAUAUUACUAAGAAAUUUAUAUGUACUGGUAUAAGUAUUUUAUAUAGAGAGUCAAAUGGAACUUGUAUUUUUAGAUCUUCUUUUUCCUUUUUUGCAUUUUAGACUUAAUUUUAUUCUAUAUUGCAUAGGCCAGCCUUCGGGGCAUUAUGCUAAAAGUAAACCUAGUUUCCAAACCUUUUACUGAAAGGUAGGUGGUGCUGUGAGUUAAUGUAUUGUGCUCACAGUGCGGAAGAAAAAUUAAAAUGACAUUUAAAUCUUAGUUUUCAAGGAAAAUUUGUCCUCAUUACAUAUUGCAUUAUAAUGGACUUUGUCUCAGGUGAAGUUACAAAAUGAAAGAACCAAGUGAGCCAUUAAUUUAAAUGUAACAUUAUUAAUGGGAAACAUUUAUUGAUCUUUGAAAAAGGAAACAACAAUGCAGAAUUACUUAAAAGACUAGUCUGGCCACAGUAUGCAAGGUCAGUCAACAGAGAGGACAGCAAUCAGCAAGAACCAGCUGGAAGCUUUUGCUAUAGUGAAGGCAUGAGUUGUGAAGAUUCUGCAUUAGGUCAAGUGGCUUUAAGGAAGAGGAAGUAGGAAGAAUGUCAGACAUGUAAGUUUGCGGUGGUGGGUUAUGAGUGUACGCGUGGGCGCGUGCUGGUGCUGGCUGUCAGAUAAUGCGGCAACGGCGGGUCCGUUGCCCAGUCCUAAACAGUGCCCACGGCCCCCGUUUCCAGCAUACAAAAGAUCAAGGUUCUGUUAAGUUACGUACAGCAAAUGGUAUAUUUCAGAAGACAUUUAAACUUUUUUAUAAAUGGAAAAAGCAAGAGUCUUCCACUGAAAUUAUUUAAAACAGUUUUUGUGGAUUUUAAAAAGGUAUUAUCUAGUGUCUACAUUGGUUUCAAGACAUGGGAGCAGGCAGGGUUGGAGGGAAGGCAUGGUUUGUCUAGACCUGUAAUAUUGGAAGAUUCCAUUUAUUUGAAAUUAUUAGGUGUAAAGCCUUUUGAAAAAUUAUU